CCAUCGUCAUCAUCAUCGUCACCAUCAUCAUCAUCAUCAUCCGAGAUGACAGGGUUCGGCUCUCCCUGCGGCGCCUGCAAGUUCCUGAGGAGGAAGUGCGUGAGAGGGUGCGUGUUCGCCCCCUACUUCUGCCAUGAACAAGGAGCCGCGCACUUCGCCGCCAUCCACAAGGUGUUCGGGGCGAGCAACGCGUCCAAGCUCCUCCUGCAACUGCCGGUCUCCGACCGGCCCGAGGCGGCGCUCACCAUCUCCUACGAGGCCCAAGCCCGGCUGCAGGACCCCGUCUACGGUUGCGUCUCCCACAUCUUCGCUCUCCAGCAACAGAUUCUGACUCUGGAAGCACAGUUAGCUUCUUUGAAGGCUCAAACUGCCCGAGGCUUCGGCAACGAAGACGAGUUCAGUGAGAAGCUCCCACGUCACCGACAAGGGGAUAGCUUUCUUCGACCUUUGGGAUCAGACGCCGCCACGAAUCCCCAACUCAUGCCGUACCCCGACGACGCGGUUCUGUCUUCUCAACAGUGUCACCAUCACCACUCCUCGUACGUGACCGACGACGGCUCCUCCUGCGCCAUGGCCAACUCGCUCGACGUGCAGGAUAACGCAUGGAGGCCGGCGUGUCAUGACAUGGAGGAGCUUCUCCAGUCGGUGGCAUUUGGUCACCUGAAUUGUGCAUGAGCAGAAGCAUCAGCAGCAGCAGAAGAAGGAGACCCUCGAUCGUCGGCAUCCAUCCACACAAAUUUUGUGCCUCGAAACUCUCCACGAGUUCGCUGCAGCAGCAUUUCUUGGUCCUAUCUAUGUACAUGUGAGACCUGACGAGGAGGCAUGGCGAUGUACUCUUCAAGCUCAUGUUGUCUUCGUAAUGGAGAGCCAUGGAGCUCCAAGUUAUUUGAAUACUGCAUGCAGAACAGAACAAACAAGGAAUCUACCAAA